ACCACAAUGGCUUUGCUUAUCUUUCUUUUCUGCCUCCCUAUCCUCUUCUUUCUCAUACAGAAAUACAAAAAACAACUUGGAAGAGACACCCAUCUUCCACCAGGUCCUCCAGGUCUUCCCUUCAUCGGAAACUUACACCAACUCAUGAAUAACCCAAAUCCACACCACUACCUAUGGCGACUCUCAAAAAAUACGGCCCUCUCAUGACUCUGCAUCUCGGUUUCAAGCCGACCCUCGUGGUUUCUUCUGCAAAGAUGGCCAAAGAAGUCUUGAAAACCCAUGAUCUCGUAUUCUCUAACCGGCCUUCGCUGCUCUGCCAGCAAAAGCUCUCUUACAAUGGCUUGGACAUCACUUUCGCGCCAUACAAUGAUCACUGGAGAGAGCUCAGAAAGAUUUGUGUUCUUCACCUUUUCAACUUGAAGAGGGUUCAAUCUUUUCGUUCCAUUCGGAAACAUGAAGUUUCCCGAACGAUCAAAAAAAUUGUUGCUUCUACUUCUGCUUCUAAAGAAUCUAAACUCAUCAAUUUGGGUGAAAUAACGUUUUCUCUCACGAGUGCGAUUAUUUGUAGAAUUGCUUUUGGAAGAAGAUAUGAUGAUGAGGGUCGUGAGAGAAGUAGAUUUCAUAGCCUCCUUGAUGAAACUAUGGUUCUUGCAGGAAGCAAUUUUGUGUCGGACCACUUUCCUUUUAUGAGUUGGGUUAAUAAAUUCACAGGUAUGUCAAGUAGGCUUGAAAAGGUUUUCAAGGAACUUGACUUGUUCUACCAAGCAAUUAUUGAUGACCACCUUAAUGAAAAGAGGGACAAUUCCGGCCAAGGGGAUAUUAUUGAUGUGUUACUCCAUCUCAAGAAGGAUAACACACUUGCCAUUGACAUCAAGUUCGAUCACAUUAAAGCAGUCCUCAUGGAUAUAUUUACAGCUGGGACGGACACAAGUGCUGCUACCACAGUUUGGGCGAUGACGGGACUAAUGAAAAAUCCGAGGGCUAUGAAAAGAGCACAAGAAGAAGUUCGAAACAUAAUUAGAGACAAAAGUUUUGUUGAUGAAAGCGAUCUACAAAAACUUCCCUAUCUCAAGGCAGUGGUGAAGGAGACACUGAGAUUAUACUGUCCAGUUCCCUUGCUAGUACCUCGCGAGUCAACCGAAAGUUGCAACAUCAAUGGGUAUGAAAUUCGGCCCAAAACGAAAGUUUUCGUGAAUGCAUGGGCUAUUGGAAGAGAUCCGGAAUCCUGGGAAAAUUCAGAAGAGUUUUCGCCAGAGAGAUUUUUGGGCGAUUCUAUUGACUUCUACGGAAAACAUUUUGAAUUUAUUCCAUUUGGUGCUGGCCGAAGAGGUUGCCCUGGGAUCCAUCUUGGAGUUGUGAACAUAGAGCUUGCUCUAGCUAACCUUGUUUACUCAUUUGACUGGGAACUGCCUGUUGGUAUAAAGGAGGAAGACAUUGACAUUGAUGUCACACCUGGACUCGUUUUCCACAAGAAAAAUCCUCUAUGCCUUAUUCCUAAGAAAUAUUUUGGGCAUAUGGAUGUCCAAGUCAUUUAAAUCAUUAUUGAAGUCACAUUGCUAUGCAAUCUUUCUUUGAUGUCUUAAUUUGAGAGGUUUUUAUUGUGUAAAUUAUAAAUUGUCUUUCUAUGAUCUUAUCAAUUCAUGCAGUAC